CAAUGAUCAUCAUCCACAGUUUUUGCUUGUCCGAAAAUGUACAGAAAGAGGAAGAGAGGCAUAGAGGAACAAUUGUAGGAUUAUUAGGGUUUGUGUGUAGAAGAGAAAUCUCAGAAUGGCAACGCCAUGUUGCCAAGGUUUCACCGCAUUUCUUCUGAAAUUCCUCAACUUCUUACAAACCUUCAUUGGUAUCUCCAUCAUCAUUUACUCUGCCUAUAUGCUUAACCACUGGCACCACCACCACGAUCUUCAAUUCCCCAAUUCCGGCUCAAUUUUCGUUUCAAAUUCUGUCGUCUCGGCGUUACAAGAGUUGAACAAAAAUUCGCUUCCAGCUCCAUGGUUUAUAUAUGCAUUCAUGGGAAUUGGUGUCAUCUUAUGUUGUAUCACUUGUAUUGGGCAUGUUGGUGCUGAAGCUGUUAAUGGAUGUUGCCUUUGCUUUUACUCUCUGCUUAUGACAACUUUUGUACUCUUGGAAGUAAGUCUGGUUGCAUUUAUUGCAAUUGAUCAUCAUUGGGAGAAGGAUCUUCCAAUGGACCCAACUGGAGAACUUCACAGUCUUUACACCUUUAUUCAACAAAAUAUGGAUGUUUGUAAGUGGAUUGGCAUUGCUGUCAUCGUAAUUCAGGCAUUCUCCUUAUUUCUCGCAAUUAUUCUCAGAACUUUGGUUAGUAGCCCUAGACUUAACCAUGAUAUGGAGGGAGAUUAUGAUGUUGUUAGAAGAACAAGGGAACCAUUGCUUGAUCCACGUUUAAGCCCAACAUCAGGGUUAGCUAAAGGUGAUGCAAGAGGUGGCCAUUCUGACAUCUGGAGUUCACGGAUGAGGGAAAAGUAUCAUUUGGAUGGAGAAGCUAGACAUCAUAUACCAAACCAAAAUCCAUCAUGAGGAUAGUAAGAAACACAGGACGUCAAUCUCAUGGAGGAGAGAAAUUGGCAACAUGCCCGAGUAUGAAGCCUUGUUCAGUGAUUGUGUACCAUAAAUUCUAAACGUUUGUUUUUGUUGUCUGUUUAUGUAAAGCUGUGUACAGAAAUGAUACGGAUUUAGACAUUGCAAAGCUGGAAUGUAGAGAAAUACAUAUCUCACUUGUUGAUA